GGUUGUUUUUCCUGCGUCCUGCUGAUCACCCAUGAGUAAACCUAUUCCCAGGUAUAAUAGUUUUCUAAUGAAGGUGCCCUCCCCAGACGGAUAACAUUUACAGUUGUUAUAACGCUCCUUUGGGUCGAUAGCACUUCCCCAUAGAUAACAUGGUGCCCAGAUGCUCAAAUUUGCAUGUUUGUCCGUGAACCUUUUGUUUAAGUGCAAACACGAUUGGCUGCUCUACACAGGCACCUGGUGCAGCAGGUCUUUGUUGACUCACUUUUAUAGCAGCAGCUUGUUCGUGCCUCCCCGCCACGUCUGAAGAUGAACGCCUCUCAGCCGGAGGUGUGUUGUGCCUUUGAGUCGCCCAUCCUGGACCAGGUUCUGCCUCCGGUUCUGAUCCUGGAGUUCAUGUUUGGAUUAAUGGGGAACGUUUUGGCUCUGGGGAUGUUCAUCUUCUACAUGGACACCUGGAAGCCCAACUCCGUGUACCUGACUCACCUGGCCGUCGCCGACUCCAUCGUGCUGUUCUGCUUGCCCUUCAGGGCGGACUACUACAGGCGCGGGAAGGACUGGAUCUACGGCGACGUCCCGUGUCGUCUCCUCCUCUUCUUGCUUGCUGCCAACCGCGCAGCGGGGAUCUUCUUCCUCACUGCUGUGGCCGUGGACCGGUACUUUAAAAUCGUCCACCCGCGGAACCCGAUAAACCGCCUGGGUCUGGGCUACGCUCUGCUGGUCUCCCUCGGCCUUUGGGGACUGAUUUUUCUCGCCACCGGGUAUCUGCUGGCUAAUGAGCACUUCUUCUACAACAGCAACCGCACACAGUGUGAGAGCUUCAACAUCUGCAUGGGCUUCACCCCCCUGUCCACCUGGCACAACGCUUUUUAUGUCAUCCAGUUCUUCCUGCCCACCGCCAUCGUGGCGUUUUGCACCAUCCGAAUCACCUGGCAGCUGAGGAACAGGACUCUGGACAAAAAGGGGAAGAUCAAACGCGCCGUUCAGUUCGUAGCCGCCGUGGCUCUCAUCUUCAUCACCUGCUUCUUCCCCAGCACCGUGUCCCGCAUCGCAGUGUGGAUCCUGAAGGUGUGGUAUGACGAAUGCAGACAUUUUGAAAAGGCCAACCUGGCUUUCUACACGUCCGUCUGUUUCACCUACUUCAACAGCGUCCUCAACCCCGUCGUUUAUUACUUCUCCAGCCCGGCUUUCAGCGGCACCUUCAGGAAGGUGCUGAACAGGCUGCUGGGAAGAAGUGAGGACAAAGACCCAGCGCAGUCAUCAGACAAUAACAUUUCCACCAUCGAUGGUGACGGAAUCUAAAAGCUGAUGUCCACAGAGGUGUCUGGAAACAUCUUUUUAUACAUUUAUAGGCCCAAUAAAAGGUAGAAAAGUGAUGUGCAGCAGAGCUGUGUUAAAUCUAAAUAAUCACCAUUAAUGAAGAGAUGUUCUACAAUAAAUAUUAAAGGUAAACGCCGGUUCUUCCUCAGGGUAUGGGAAAUGUAAAGUUAAAAUGGAGCAGGCUCAUGAAAUAAAACUGCUUAUCUGGAUUCCUCUAUUGUGCAAGAUGUUCAGUUGGUUUAAAGAAAUCAUUAAAUCUGAGCAACAAUCUAGUUUUUCUUUACCCGCAGCAUUUUUUGCAGUUUAGCAAUGGCGUAGGGUUGAUAAAGUCAAAAAAUAAAUCAUUUCAGGUUUGGAACAAAGUGUUAAAAUGAUCUCAGAUUUUCAAACUCAUGUUUUAGAAAUGCUUUCUCAGUUUUUCUCUGCCGUUCCUUUUACUGCCUCGUCCGUAAUUUUAUUACUGAGCUGCCGGUGUUUGAGCAUCAGUUGUAUAAAGACUAUAAACCUGAUUGUUAGAGACUGAUCAAUAAUAAUACACAUCCAAUUCAGCCAGUUUUCCUUUGAUCAGCUGUAGUCAGUGCUCAGUAAACAACUUUCCUGAAAACAUGUUUAGAAAUAUCAAAGAUCCCGUUAUUUUCUCCUCAUAAAUGUCAACAUCAGAGGCUUCGAUGGACCUGAUUUAGGUGAGUGAAAA